AGAACGAUCGCGACAAGUAUAUAUCUCUCUCUAGCAAUCAUCUCGAUCUGUACAUUCUUGGCGAUGGAGAGCUUGAUCAGGCGCCAUGGGGGGCGCCGUGCCGUUUCCCCGUCAUCGUCGGCGGCGGCGGCAUCGUUCAUCCUCCUCCUCUGCGCCGUCGUCCUUCUCAACACUCACGUGGCGCUGUGCGGCUGCUACAAGCGCAUCUUCAGCUUCGGUGACUCCAUCAUCGACACCGGCAACUUCGUGUACCUUACCGGCAACGGCCCGUCCCAGUUCAAGGAGCUCCCCUAUGGCAUGACCUACUUCAACCGCCCCUCCGGCCGCAUCUGCGACGGCCGCGUCCUCGUCGACUUCUACGCGCAAGCGCUCAACCUGUCGCUGCUACCACCGAGCAUACCGGAGGAGGGGUCAGGGCAGUUCGAGAACGGCGCCAACUUCGCCGUGCUGGCGUCGACGGCGCUGGGGCCGGACUACUUCAAGACCAAGUACAACUUCAGCCUGCCCGUGCCUUACUGCCUCGACAACCAGCUCGCCUCGUUCAAGAAAGUGCUCGGUCGGAUAGCUCCUGGAGUCGAUGCCACCAAGAGCCUGCUAGGCGAGUCGCUGAUCGUGAUGGGCGAGAUCGGCGGCAACGACUACAACUUCUGGUUCACCGCGCGGCAGCCACGCGAGACGGCGAGGCAGUACCUCCCCGACGUCAUCGGCCGCAUCGGCGCCGCCGUCCAGGAGGUGAUCAACCUCGGCGCGAAGACCGUGCUGGUCCCGGGCAACUUCCCGUUCGGGUGCGCCCCGGAGUACCUCCAGGGCUUCCAGAGCAGCAACACCUCCGACUACGACGCCACCGGGUGCAUCGCGUGGUUCAACGACUUCUCAAGGCAGCACAACCAGGCGCUGGUGCAGGAGGUCGCCCGCCUCAGGUCGCAGAACCCCGGCGUGAGGCUCAUCUACGCCGACUACUACGGCGCCGCCUUGGAGUUCUUCAAGAACCCCAAGAACUACGGUAUCGGUGACCCUCUGCUGGAGUGCUGCGGCGGCGACGGCCCGUACCACACCGGCAUGACGUGCAACAAGACAGCCAAGGUUUGGGGGUCCCCGGCCAACUUCGCCAGCUGGGACGGCGUCCACAUGACGGAGAAGGCCUACAGCAUCAUCGCCGACGGGGUGUUGAGCAAGCGUUACGCCGACGCUCCGUUGCUCUGCUAGAGGAUUUAGCUGGAAUUCGUGCGUGGCUUUAAUUCUGGGAUAGAGAUUCUUGGGAACUCUUACGCAUAUAUAUUUGUAUCAACCAGUGAACUAGUAAUGCAAAUAACAAUAAUCUGAUUACG